AUGGCGAGCAAAAUUAUCUUGUUCGAGGACAUCUUCGUGGUCGAUAAGCUAGACCCUGAUGGCAAAAAGUUCGAUAAAGUGACACGUGUUCAAGCUACGAGCAACAACUUGGAAAUGUUUAUGCAUUUAGAUGUCAACACAGAGAUUUAUCCUAUGGCUGUUGGUGACAAGUUCACACUUGCGUUGGCUCCUACUCUGAAUCUCGAUGGAACUCCUGAUACCGGAUAUUUUACUCCGGGAGCAAAGAAGACGCUUGCGGAUAAGUAUGAAUACAUAAUGCACGGGAGGCUUUACAAGAUCACUGAGCGUGACGGCAAUACUCCUAAAGCAGAGCUUUAUGUUUCGUUCGGUGGCCUUCUGAUGUUGCUUCAGGGAGAUCCAGCUCAUAUUUCUCAUUUUGAACUUGACCAGAGGCUCUUCCUACUCAUGAGGAAGCUUUGA